GUUAUGCUUCCUGCCUCCUGUCCUGCCAGCUGCACUUCAUUCUCAGAUGCUGCUGUUCAUCACGAAACACCAAUGAAGCAAUGCAAAUAGUGCUUUUUACUUUUUUGAGCGCAGACGAAGCAUAGGAUAAAACCAACAUAAGCCAAGUUGUCGGCACACCAAAAGUUGGUGUAGUUUUGAACUGGGUGAGAGAUCAUCCGUAAAAGUCUCUUCUCAGUAGCAGCAUGACCUCUCCACCUCACAGUACAGCGACGGAGUCUUCGUGGACUAUUGGACCUACAGAACUGGGGAUGAGCGAAGGUCUGCACAUGCGAAAUGACAGCGUGUGGUUCGGCAGGAGUCCCUCGGCGCCCGCGGAGCCGGCAGUGAUCACUCAACGCCCGGCAUCUCACCUCCAUCCCCGCAUGUCCGUGUACAGCGCCACCCGUCCCAUUCUCUCUAGAUCCUACUUUCAAGGACGUGUAUAUAAUUUUUUGGAGAGACCAUCGGGUUGGAAAUGCUUUGUGUAUCAUUUUACAGUAUUUCUUAUUGUGCUUUCUUGCCUGAUCCUCAGUGUGCUGUCCACCAUUGAUGAGUAUCAGACACUGGCUAAUAAAACUCUAUUCUGGGUGGAAUUAGUACUGGUAGUGUUCUUUGGUGUGGAGUAUGUGGUACGUCUGUGGUCAGCUGGAUGUCGGAGUAAAUAUGUGGGAAUUAUGGGCAGGCUUCGCUUUGCCCGAAAGCCCAUUUCUGUUAUUGACCUGAUUGUGGUAGUGGCCUCCAUUGUUGUAUUGGCAUUUGGCUCUAAAGGUCAGGUUUUUGCCACCUCUACUGUCAGAGGAGUCCGCUUUCUUCAAAUCCUGCGAAUGCUGCAUGUGGACCGACAGGGAGGAACCUGGCGGCUGCUUGGAUCAGUAGUCUUCAUUCAUCGGCAGGAACUGAUCACAACUCUUUAUAUCGGAUUCCUUGGGCUCAUCUUCUCUUCCUACUUCGUGUAUCUGGCAGAGAAGGAUGCAGUGGAUGAUAGUGGUUUCACACAGUUUAGCAGCUAUGCAGAUGCUCUGUGGUGGGGUGUGGUGACAGUAACCACUAUUGGCUACGGAGACAAGGUCCCCCAGACUUGGAUAGGGAAGACCAUUGCAUCAUGUUUCUCUGUCUUUGCCAUCUCCUUUUUUGCCCUCCCUGCUGGAAUCCUAGGCUCCGGUUUUGCUCUGAAGGUGCAGCAGAAACAGAGACAAAAACAUUUCAACAGGCAAAUUCCCGCAGCUGCAUGUCUGAUACAGGCAUCCUGGAGGUGUUUUGCCUUAGAGAACCGUGAUUCUGCCACCUAUAAGUUAUUUGUGAAAAGGAACAUGAGAAGCUCAGUGUCCAGCCCUAAAUUAAAGGUGAAGAUGAGGAAGAAAAUGAAGAGCAAUGACAGGGAUGAUGGACUGAGUUCUCCCACCAUACCUUCCAUAACGUAUGACUCUUUAGAUGAUGGGAAGGAUGGUGGACCAGAUACAGUGUGCAGUAUACAACAGUCAGAGCGGGUGCCAUCCUGGAACUCUCUAUCCUCUUUCCAGUUCUCUACACCACCAGGGAGAAAGCCUGGGAUUUUGGAAGUGCAGCCUCGGCCCACGCUCCAGAGGAGCAGCAGCAUUGCAGAUGAUAUGGAAUCCGAGCUGGAACGAGAGAUAUCGCUCGUUCCAGUCACUCAUGUGUCUCAGUUGCGGGAUUCCCACCGAGCUGCCAUUCGUGUGAUCCAGAGAAUGUUCUACUUUGUAGCCAGAAAGAAUUUCCAGCAAGCACGUAAACCGUAUGAUGUGAGGGAUGUCAUUGAGCAGUAUUCACAGGGUCAUCUCAACCUCAUGGUGCGCAUCAAGGAGCUACAGAGAAGACUGGAUCAGUCCUUAGGGAAGCUGUCUUUCUUCCAGACAAGUUCAGAGCGCAUGAAAGACAAAGGCAUAAACACUAUUGGCUCCAGACUCAACAGGAUGGAAGAGAAGAUGUCUGAUGAGGCCUUCAAGAGAGUCAAUGGCCGCAAAGCUCCAGGUCCUGAUGGCAUACACGGACGUGUUGUGAGGGCCUGUGCUGUCCAGUUAGCAGAUGUCUUCACCAACAUCUUCAACCUCUCCUUGAGACUUACAGUGAUCCCCACAUGCUUCAAGCAAACCACCAUCAUCCCUGUUCCCAAGAAAACAACUGUCUCCUGCCUGAACGACUACAGUCCAAUAGCACUGACAUCAGUCAUCAUGAAGUGCUUCGAACGGCUAGUCAAAUCCCACAUCUUCUCUUCUCUGCCUUACACCUUGGACCCAUUACAAUUUGCUUACCGUUCUAAUAGAUCCACUGAUGACGCCAUUGCAAUGGCCAUACACUCUGCACUAGAACACUUGGAGGGAAGAGACACCUAUGUGCGGAUGUGGUUUGUUGAUUACAGCUCUGCAUUUAACACCAUCAUCCCUACCAAACUCAUAGCCAAACUGAAAAAUCUGGGUCUUAACAGUCACUUAUGUAACUGGGUCCUGGACUUCCUGACCGGCAGACCCCAGGUGGUCAGAAUUGGCAAUCACACAUCCUCCUCACUUAUACUCAGCACUGGUGCCCCACAGGGAUGUGUCCUCAGUCCUCUCUUGUACUCCCUGUUGACUUAUGACUGCUCUGCUAAGCAUAGCUCCAACACCAUCAUCAAAUUUGCUGACGAUACAACUAUCCUUAGACUCAUCACCAAUGGCGAUGAGACAUCCUACAGAGAUGAGGUUAAUGCACUCACAGCAUGGUGUGCUGAUAACAAUCUCUCUCUAAACGUCAGCAAGACCAAGGAGAUGAUUGUGGACUACAGGAAGUUACAGAGAGAGGGUCACGUUCCCAUUCAUAUCAAUGGAGAGAUAGGAGACACAGUUAAGAGAUACAAACUGAAGAUGUUUAGCAUCUACUCUAACAUCAUGUCAAACUUCUACCACUGCACUAUAGAGAGCAUUCUGACCAGCUGCAUCACUGUAUGGUACGGCAACUGCUCUUUCUUGGACCGCAAAGCUCUUCAGCGAGUGGUGAGAACAGCAGAGCUCAUCAUUGGACAUAAACUCCCAGCCUUACAGGACAUCUAUCAAACUCGCUGCUUGAAAAAGGCUCGCAGCAUCAUCAAGGACCGCACUCACCCUGCUCAUCACCUCUGCCCAGGCAGGCAUGGCCGACAACUCCAAGUCAGAUUCGGAAGCAGUGACAACAACCGAGGGGGCAGCCCCACUAAAUCCUCAGAGGCUGAUAACCCAUCCCCCGAUGCAGCAAUUGACAUCGAAUCCUCGGGCGCUGCACCCGAAAGACAAGCUGGGGCCACUGUAAGACGGCCCAGCAGAAUCAAUUGGCAGCUGCACGGGACAUGCACUGAAGGAGGAGUGAGAUGUCAGUGGGGCAUGGCCCAGCGGGGAAGCUCUCACUAUAACCCUCAGAUCUCUCAGAGCGCCAGCCGGCGGUCCCCUGCUCGAGCCAGAGAAACCGGGACAGGUGGCGACAGAGGGAUCUGCUGCAUUCCCAUUGAGGAGUGA